UAUUGGAAAUGACGUUUUGACCUUACAAGAUAAUUUAGAUUUGAGUGAUGAAGUGUCUGAUAGACGGAGACCUAUAAACGGACAAGAGAAGGAUAUUUUAUUAUUAGAUGCGUUGGGCAGAAGGAAAGGUUCUUAUCAAAGUUCAUACAGCAGUAGCUCUUCCCAGGAGGAUGACUCCAUAAUGGAUUUAUUAGGAAAAAUGAUACCGCAAACAUGCCGUUAUAGAGGAGCGAGGUACCCCUGCGGUUUGAGCAUAUCUUGCGUGCUGGGGGGUGGUAAGCCAAUGGACCUGUGCUCUGGCGGUAUGAUCUGGGCGUGCUGUGUGGACAAGGAGACGACAGAACGACCGACUGAGAUUGCCCCUGUUGUCCACAAUGCCAGUGACCUUAUAGACUUCAUCGGUACAUUCCCACACGAAACGUAUGAUUAUCAAACAAACACACAAUUCGAGGACCCGAUCAUCAUCUACACGGACACAAACCGACCGAAACCGCACUACAACCGCCCUAAGCCGGUUACAGACCGCCCUGAACCGGAUCAAACCGGCUUUCAGAAACCAGACUGGAACAUACAAGACUACGAUCAGAAUCACUAUUAUCACGUCAAACCGUCGUAUCAUGAAAGCACAACACGUUUACCGGAUUCUUUCUAUCCGGAUGAUGUAGGUUCGAAUAAACCGGACAGUGAUGAUGGUUGCGGUGAACAUUACACUCGUUCGAAUCGCAUAGUUGGGGGACACUCAACAGGCUUUGGUUCCCAUCCAUGGCAAGCGGCUCUCAUUAAGUCUGGCUUCCUCAGCAAGAAGUUAGCGUGUGGUGGUGCUCUUAUAUCCGACAGAUGGGUGAUCACAGCUGCGCACUGUGUCGCUACCACACCAAAUUCUCAACUCCGAGUACGUCUCGGCGAAUGGGACGUACGUGAUGCGGGGGAAAGAUACUCGCACGAGGAGUUCGCCGUCCAACGCAAGGAAGUCCAUCCAGCUUACGAACCAUCGGACUUCAGGAAUGACGUUGCGCUAGUCCAACUUGACAAAGGAGUUGUGUUUAAACAACAUAUAAUACCCGUAUGUCUUCCUCAGAAGCAAAUGAAAUUAGCAGGAAAAAUGGCGACGGUAGCGGGAUGGGGGCGAACGAGACACGGACAGAGUACGGUGCCUUCAGUGUUACAGGAAGUUGACGUUGAAGUUAUACCCAAUGAGCGCUGUCAGCGCUGGUUCCGCGCUGCAGGCAGAAGGGAGACAAUACACGAUGUCUUUAUCUGCGCCGGAUAUAAAGAGGGAGGAAGAGAUUCGUGCCAAGGUGACUCUGGAGGUCCACUAACUAUGAAAUAUGAGGGGCGAAGCACCCUAAUAGGACUGGUUUCUUGGGGCAUCGGCUGCGGCAGGGAACACUUACCGGGUGUAUACACAAAUAUACAGAAAUUCGUACCAUGGGUUGAUAAAUUGAUAAACUCGUAA